AUGAACGCCCGUAACGGCUUACCCUUCACCGGCUCAAAUCCCAACAUCGGACCUGAUCAGGAAUACUCUAGGAAGUUCGGCAAUUCUACAAUCAAUCCCCUGGUCACAAAUAAUAGCUAUGCCCCGAGCAGCCAUGAGCGCAGAGCAGGUGGGUAUGGUGGGUUUUAUGAGACACAGAGGCCAGAUGCUCUAGAAAGAGAUCGCCGGACACCAUCAGCAGCUUCCCGUUCACGCGUGCGGGAUGAUACACCAACUCGAAAUCAAUACAAUGAUAGCGGCCAAUAUGGAACUGCAAGGAGCGAUGGGUCAUCUGGUUUUGGUAGAGGCCCACAAGUGGAUGAUGUAAUUCAAGUCAUCCAGCAAGAAUGGGAGGUUAUGUCGAGCAAUGACUGUAUUCCAGUUCAAGUUGGGCUCCAGUUGAUGGAUUCGAGUACUCUCGGCCAAGCACAAAGGGAACCCGACUUUUUACAAAUACAUAAGGAUAUGAAAACAACCUUGAAAGCUAUCGUCAAUGAGCACCACCAGGGAUUUAGUAGCGCUAUCGGGACUUAUCAUCGAAUCCAAUCAAGCAUUCAAGACUCUCAGGAUGGAAUACAGUCAUUGAAAUCUACUCUAGUGGAGGCAAAAUCUGGACUAUUAACGACAAACCCAGAGCUCCAGGGUCUUGCCACAUCGUCACAGAGCUACAAUAACUUGUUGCAAUUACUGGCCCGGAUAGAACAUAUACAAUCCCUUCCCGAAACGUUAGAGGCUCACAUUUCCGAAAAGCGGUUUCUUUCAGCCGUGGAGAUUCUGAAGGAGGCUCUUGGUGCCUUAUCUUGCCCAGAAUUUAAAGAUAUACCUGGACUUGGGGACUUACGGACUUAUUUUGCCAACCAAGAUACAUCUCUCACUGAAAUACUGAUAGAAGAGCUUCAUGAUCAUCUAUACUUGAAAUCACCAUACUGUCAAGAUCGUUGGAAGGCCCCUGUAGAGAAUUCAAAUAAUGGCUCGGCCUCGCCAAGUGGAAUCGCGACAUGGGAUAAACCAGUCUAUCGGUUUCUAUCCAGUCUUAACGCAUCUACCCCCCUAACAGAUGAUGCAUCCAAUAACCCAGAAGCAGACACGUUCUCAUACAUUCAUUUGAUUAUUGAGACCCUUGACAGGAUGGGCAAUAUGGAGAUAAUGGUUGAUCGCAUUGAGCAAAGGCUUCCUGUCGAACUAUAUGCCGUAGUCGAUAAAACUAGUUCCGAAGUUGCGGCUCGAUAUCCAGACCAUAUACGUGCUAUGCAGAAAGACACUCGACAUCCGCACAGACCUUUAGACGCUAUUGAGGAGCAUGGGCAUGUACUAUCGGAGUUUUUGUGGAACUUGUACUCAAAGUUUGAAGCAAUCGCUGAAGGGCACCGUGUUGUCCAUGACAUUAUCACUGGGAUUACGGAAAGAGAAGACAACCGAAAAGGGACGCUGGGAAAUGGGUUCAAGGAACUCUGGAAGCUGUAUCAAAGUGAAAAACUUUUUAAACUCUCCGAAGUUGACCAGAACUCAACUGACAUGAAAGCUGAACAAGCCGAUUUAGAUGAAAUAUUGAGAUCCUCGGUCCCAGGCCUAGUAUCAAAGUCUCGGAAGAAGUUGGCAUCUAGUGAUCUAAACCGAUCACAUCAAGAGAGCUCAGGGACGGGACAUAAGCUACUCAUCAGCCCCAAUGUCUUUAACAUCAGUUUAUUGCUACCCCCGGCUCUUUCUUUCAUCCAAAGGCUUGCUAACAUCGUCCCUGAAGAUUCAGAUGUUGACGUGACAAAACUGACUGCAUUUCUGGAUGACUUUAUGACGCACGUUUUUCAGCCUCAGCUUGAAGAAGCUGUGACUGAGUUAUGCGCUAUUUGCUUUAUUGCGACAGACUCAUAUACUGAAGAUCCACAGUGGAACUUACACUCAACCAGACCGAUCUUCAAAGGUACAAUAAUAUUUACAAAUCUUGUCAGGAAGUUCAGUUUGAUCUUGGAUAGCAUUCCACAUGACCAGGCCUUCACUCGUCUAUUACUAACCCAAAUGGUGACAUAUUACGACAAAUGCUAUGGGUGGUAUAAAGCCCUCGUAAGCCGUGUAUCUUCUCAGCCUCCUGGAGGCAUUCGAUUAAAAACCGCUGCCUCUUUUGCAGAGUCCGGAGAGACUCGAGACACUACGCUGCAACUCUGGGAGAGCUCAGGGAUUAGCACCCAAGAGCUAAUAAACCAGGAAAUUGAUCUCCUAAUCAAUCGUACCAAUGCGACGCCAUUAGAGCCAUAUGAUAUUAUUUCGGACCCAAAAACGGUAUUUCAGCUUUCUUUACUAUAUAACAGCAUGCAUUGGCUUGCAAGCAGCCUUUCAAAGCUUAGACAUAUCACCCCUUAUAAAGUUGAUUCGUCUCGAGGGCACUCCAGACAGCUCUCCAGUACAGCACGGAGAUGGACAAUUUCAAAAACAAGAUCUAACCUUUCUAGUGAACCUCCUCGCCUGCCCUUGACUGAGGAGUCCGUUAUUGGGUUUGAUACGGCAGUCGAGUCAGUUAAAGGUCUUGCGCUCACAGCACUGUUGACGCUACACAUGGAUAUCCGCUGUGGCGCAAUUCAUAUGGUCAGUCGCAGCCUGAAAGGCAACUCGACCUCUCAACCAGGCGAAAUGACAGCACCCCCCAGCCCCACAGGGACCGCAGAAUCCGGCUGGAUUUACAUACUCUCUUCCCAACCCACUUCCGCAUCUCCCACCAUACUCGAACUCAACAACGACCUCAUCUCCUUCGAUGCCAGUGUUUCAUCUUCCCUUGGCCCCAAAGAGCACCGAUUCAUCACCUCUGGCCUAGCGAAACUAAUUGAUCGCGCCCUCAUGUCUGCCACCAAAUACAUCGGCGCAAUGAACAGUAAUGGAGCCCUCAAACUUCAACUUGAUGUCCUUGUCUUACAACAGAACCUAAAGAAUAUCAUAAUAUCCUCCCCUAUGCCUCCCACAACACCCAAAUCUCCCCGUCCUGAUCGAAAAUCUAGUACCAACAGCGUUUAUAAAGCGCAGGAAACUGUCGCUCUACCCCGCAGUGCAAAGUUCCUGGACUGGUUCCUUGAAGGACCAGAUAAAGCAGUACAGUACGCCAAAGAGGAAAAAGAAGCCUUCAGACGUGGAGAUGUUCAAGCCAUCGAAGCUGGUAAUGGUGAACCUUUCACUUACGAUGAGCUUAAAAUUCUGGUUGAAUUAUGCUUUUCUGCUGUUCUAAAAGGGCCAAGAGGUGCAGAGAGCCGAGAGGACUUUCUGGCUGCGAAAAGAGGUAGUGGCGAUGCCUUGUUGAGAUUGAGCGAAGUAAUGUGGAAUUCAUAG